UGUACACACUCGCAUUGGUCCUUAACUCGUUAGCACUGCCUAUUGGGCUGUCCUCUGCUCAUCAUGCUCGAUCGGGGAAUGAGCUCAUCGACAGUCCGAUCCCUUUGACGACACCUUUUUCAUCAUGACGCAACCACCGAGGCUCUGCGGUUAAGCAGACUACAUAAUGGCCCUUGAGGCCGUUCCGAGCUGGCAUCAACCGCUGCACUCUCCCCCAUAAGCCUAAACGCUCUCAAUUACCAUACAAACCUGAAGCUUUUCGCACAUCAACAUAUCCACAAUGGCGCCAGACCCUCACCAAGGCGGCCGUCUCGAAGACAUGGCUGAGAAGGGUACUUCAAUCCCAGGAGAUGCCGGCGUCCAGCGCACCAUCCCCUCAGUCGCUCGACCUGAUCAAGCGAACCCUCCGCCGCAGGAUUUCUCCCACCCAAACCCAGCCCAUGCUGCGGACAACGCGUUCGAUAUCCCUAGAGGACCAGCAGAUAGGGGAACUACGGGCGAAAUCAUGACAGGCACAGGCGACCAGAUGCCUUCCAAUAUCGAAAAGAAGAGCUUCGACGAUGCCCCAAUGGAUCCACGAGCGAAGGGUUCGGAUCAAUACUAUAAGCACGCGAAGCAGAGGAAUGACUUCGCGAGGGCGACCGAAGCCGACCAUGGUGUGCGGCCUGCACCGGGUGAGGAGGAUAUGAGCCAGGAGGAUCUCUUGAACAAGAGGGGAGCUCAGUAGAGGCAUGCCCCAUGAAGCUGCUCCGGGAACCUCAAAAAAUGUAUGAGUAAUGAUACGAAUGCCGGCAUUGAAGUUGUCGCUAUGUGGAACUAGUUACCCAACAAGACUGCCAAAGACGUCUGCUGUCUUGGUUAGUGGAGCGCAAGAAAAAUUAGCUCAAUAUCAUGCCU